AUGUAAAGCUUUGCGUUUACGUUACGUCGUAAAAUGACGCCCAGGAGCUGCUGGUAGCGAGUGUAGCAACAUCGCAGCAAACGUCACUAGCAUGAAGUUAGAUAGGUGGUGCUUCAUAUUCUUGUGUUUAUACGCCUGACCUCAUCAUGAGUAAGCGGAAGAGCAAAGAAGCCCACCUGCCGGUUGGCGAAUGCAUCAGAAAGCUCCAGACUGUCCUACGGCAGCGCCUGUGUCAGCAGAUGUUACCCAGCUCGCUCGAGGGACUGGAGGCUCAACACAAACACUUGUUAGAGCUGCUGAAGCGGACGGCGGCUCACGGCGAGAGUAACUCUGUACUCAUCGUUGGUCCCAGAGGCUCCGGGAAGACCAUGCUGUUGAAGUGUGUGUUGCGAGAUCUGCUGAAAGAGGCUGAUGUCCAGAGAACGCUUCUUCAAGUCCAUCUCAAUGGCCUCCUGCAGACCGAUGACAGAAUUGCGCUCAAAGAAAUAACGCGGCAACUCAACUUGGAAAACGUUGUCGGUGACAAAGUGUUUGGAAGUUUUGCAGAGAAUCUGGCUUUCCUGUUGGAGGCGCUGAAGAAAGGCGACCGCAGCAGCAGUCGCCCUGUCCUGUUUGUCUUGGAUGAGUUUGACUUGUUCGCCCACCACAAGAACCAGACUCUACUCUACAACCUCUUCGACGUGUCCCAGUCGGCGCAGGCUCCGAUUGCGGUGGUGGGCGUGACCUGUCGACUGGACGUUCUGGAGCUGCUGGAGAAGCGUGUCAAGUCACGGUUUUCCCACCGUCAGAUUCAUCUUCUCAGCAGUUUGACCUUCCCUCAGUAUCUCCACCAAGUCGGCUCGCAGCUGAGCCUCGCUGAUGAUUUCCCUGACGCCAAGUUCUGUCAAGACUGGAACAGUAGCAUCCAGGCUCUUUGCCAAGACAAGUCGGUGGAGGAGGUCCUCAGGAGGCACUUCAACUCCAGCAAAGACUUCCGCUCCAUGCAGAUGCUUCUGAUGUUUUGUUUAGGCAGAGUCUCCAUCAAAAACCCGACUGUCAGACCUGUCGACCUGCAGGAAGCCAGUCGAUUGUGCUUCAGUGAUGCCAAGGCCAACAUGUUACACGGUCUCUCCAUCUUAGAACUCUGUCUGAUCAUUGCCAUGAAGCAUCUCAACGACAUCUACGAAGGAGAACCGUUCAACCUUCAGAUGGUCCACAACGAGUUCAAGAAGUUCCUUCAGAGGAAGUCCAGUUCGAUGUACAACUUUGAGCAGCCCGUCAUCAUGAAGGCCUUCGAGCACUUGCAGCAGCUGGAGUUGAUCCGACCUGCUGACAGCGCUACCUUGAAGACACAGAGGGAAUACCAGCUGAUGAGACUGAUGCUGGACCCCAGCCAGAUCAUGGAGGCCCUGCAGAAGUACCCACAAUGCCCCACUGACGUCAAGCAGUGGGCCAUGUCUGCCUUUGGCUAGAACUCUGACACUCCACUGCGUGGACAUUUAAAUAAAGCUUUACAACGUGGAGACUUGUGAACCUGAGAACAUACAGUAUAUGAUCCUCGGAGAUCACCGCGCUCUGGAAACAUCUCGGGCAGUUUGUUUCCUCCACAGCAGCAGCAUUGCAUCCAGUUGCCGAGUCUGCGACCUUCGCUGUGAAUAGAGCCAUCGAGCUGCUCUCGACAAACUCAAUCGGAGCGGAAAAAAAGGGUUUUGCCAGCUCAGAUGAAAGCAAUUCAUUAAAGUUUUAUGUAUAAAGUUGUACUGCUGCAGACAGCCGGCCUUUGUGAAGUCAGUAUUCUUAUUCAACACAGAUGUGUUUCAGCCUUCUCUCAGGUCGAGUUGGUCUUGAAAUGUUUUUAUUUCAUAUACAUUCUUUGUCGGAGCUUCUUCUUCUUUUCCCUUGUUUUUGUCACGCAUUGAUUAAAAGAACAGGAUGGAAAAUAAGAAGUUUAUAGAUGGGAAAUUCAACUUGCUUCACAUCAGUGGGUUUUCAUUUGACUCCAGUUUCAUCUUAGUUCUCGCUGCUUCAUUUCACUCAAUUUUCCCCGCCUUUCCUCAAUGUCUCUUGCAGCCAAUAAGUCAUUCUUUCUGUUACGUUCAGCAACAUCGAUCCAUUCUGUUCUUGUUGCUGCGUUCAUUCCUAGUAACGUAAUUUUGUCAAAUAUUUAAGAGAUAAAAUAAAUCUGGGGUUGGAGAACGGUCAUAAUUCAACAUUCCAUUUUAUGCACAUUUCUUUUGGAUGUGAUCCUUGAAUUAAUCCAGUGAAUUAGUUUGGAGGCUUUUAGCUUUUAACACAAUGAGCAGAUGUGUUCGAGGCCACCACUUAUCUAUUUACCAUGAACACAUCUACAGUCCAUGUCAUCAAACAUAUGUGGCGAUGGAAUUGGCUCGUAACUCCAUCGGCAAAGACGAGUUCGUUUGAAGAUCAGAGGGUUUCAGCUCUGGUUGUUGUGUGGUCAGUCGUCAGAACUGGUUUCCCAGACAGUGCACUUUUCAGUAAAGAAGAAUGGAAUCCCUUAGUACAUCUGUCUGCGUAAGUUUUUGCAGGUAAAAUGUGUCAUUUUUUUUCAGACGUCUCACACAGCUUGACUAACAACAAUACUCUGCCAUACUUUGGUUGCGCACCCAUUCAUUUGCCAUCAAACUUUGAACUAAUCUCCAAGUUGUACAUGCCAGAUAUCAUGUCGCAAACCAUACUUUACCUUUUAAAACUUUCAAAUUCUCCUUUUCCUAUACACGCUCCAUGUCAAAGCUCCUUCUCCCCAUUUGUCCAUCUGAGCUUCUUCUCGUUUUGACUUCAUCUUUCAUCUCUUCCCACAUAAGUUAACAGUCACUGUCAAAGUAUUUUUUGGGUGUCGAUAGAUCUCACAUCAUCUUUGAUGCUAAGUGGCACAGUGAGUCCUAUGCUCAGAGUGAACAUUUUUUUUCAAUGUAAUCCAGCUGCAUGCAGAACCCAGAUCCAAAGCAGAAUGUUGUUUGUUGCCUCAGAGUUACAGGAUGCAGAAAGAAAGAAGGUGGGGGGUUUUAAGUACUUAGGCUCAACUGUGAUGGAGAGUGUGAGACAGAGGUGAAGAAGCAGGUGCAGGCAGGAUGGAAUCAUUGGAGAAAAGUGUCAGGUAUGAUGUGUGACAAAAGGGUGUCGGCAAGGAUGAAAGGGAAAGUGUCUAAAACAGUGGUGAGGCCAUCAAUGUUGUAUGGUUUGGAUCACUGUCACUGAGGAGAAGACAGUAGGCAGAGCUGGAGGUAGCAGAGAUGAAGAUGCUGAGCUUCUCUCUGGGAGUGAGCAGGAUGAUGAUAGGAUCAGAGGGACAGCACAUGUGCUCAGGUGUUUAGGAGACCAAGUCAGAGAGGCUAGAUGGAGAUGGUUUGGACAUGUACAGAGGAGAGAGAGAGAGAGAGAGCCAGUACAUUGGUAGAUGGAGAUGUUGAGGUUGGAACUGCCAGGCAGAAGGUGGAGAGGAAGGCCGAAGAGGAGAUUGAUGGAGGUGGUGAAGGAGGACAUGAGGUUUGUAGGUUUGAGAGAAGAGGAAGCAGAGGACAGGGUGAGAUGGAGGAAGAUGAUCCACUGUGGUGACCCCUGAAGGGAGAAGCCGAAAGGAAAAGAAGUGCAGCACAACACAACUUCAGAAAUUAUCCGUAAACAUUUUGGAAUUGUGACCUUCAGUGGAACAUCAAGACUGAGCAUGAACUUUGUGUUGAAUCUCCAGCUCAAUAAGAAGAAGCAGCCACAAUCUAAAAACACAUUUAUUUACAUCACAUGGAUCACUUCAACUGAUAAAAACCACAACCGACGGACAUGCGAGUUGCAGCGCUGAUCCAGGACCAGUUUAGAACCGUCCGUAUAACGUCUCUGUUCUGAUCCUCAGGUGAAGCUUCUAAGUGUUCUUGUUGUUGGUACAAACACAAACUUGGUUUGUGAACGCAGCGGAUUAUAUCCGAGGAUCCCGGAUCAGCGAUGCAACUCUUGAAAACCUCAAGAAAUGUGGGGUCAGAAAACCUUUAGUGUUACUGUUGUUUUUUUUUCUUUUCUUUUUUUCUUGCAUGAAUUCCAGGCCAGGCAAGACCUU